AUGGCGCUCGACCUCGCUGUCGCGGGCUCGGCGGCCCGCAAGGCCGAGGUCCAAACCCUAGCGCCCGUGCUGCUCAUGGGCCCACCGCCUCCGCCGCCGAUCCCGCCGACGCCGGGGAUGUACCUCCCAGGUCCCCCGCCCCCGGGGGUUCUCCUGCCGCGCCCGAUCCCCGCACCGCUUACUCGCGAGGUCAUCGCGCACAUGGACGAGUGCCGGAGCCGCUCCCUCCUCAAGUUCAUUUCCGACGUGGGGAUUAUGCCUUCGCUAGAGGACGAGCAGAGGAGGGAGCGGGUGGUACGCGAACUCGGCAAGAUAGUGAUGGAUUGGGCAAAGAGGGUGGCGUACGAGCAGAGGAAACAACAUUGGAUCACAUCAGCCGCAGUGUUGACCUUUGGCUCCUAUGCCUUGGGGGCAUAUGGACCUGAAUCCGAUAUUGAUGUUCUCUGUGUCGGUCCCUAUAUUGCAUCACUGCAACAUCAUUUUUUUGUUGUCCUGCGACACAUGCUUGAAGGGAGGCCAGAAGUAUCAGAAUUGCAUUCAAUUGAAGGAGCUAAGGUUCCAUUGAUGCGUUUUAAAUUCAACGGAAUUUUAGUUGACUUUCCUUAUGUCCAACUCCCAGUGAUCAAUGCUGCAGAGGCUAUACAUGCAUUUGAUCCCCGUGUGCUAGAGAAUGUUGAUGGGGCAAGCUGGAAAUGUCUAUCUGGAGUUUGUGUUAAUAGACAAAUCAUUCAAUUGGUUCCUAAUAUGAAGAAGUUCCAAUAUCUGUUGCGGUGUCUUAAACUAUGGGCAAGAAAAAGAGGACUUCAUUGCCAUCUACUUGGCUUCUUUGCUGGGAUUCAUUUGGCGAUUCUUGCUGCAUAUGUUUGUCGCAGACAUCCAAAUGCUAGUAUUAAUACUUUGUUAUCUUUGUUCUUUGAGAUUUUUGUUCAUUGGCCUUGGCCUCUCCCAGUGAGUUUGCUUGAUCCGCCAGCUCUUUGUCGGGGUACUGAUGGGUGCUCUCUCAUGCCCAUAAUGUUGCCCUGUAUUCCACCAGAAUUUUGCUCUUCUAGUAUGACACAAAGUACUUUCAGCAAAAUCAAAGAAGAACUUCGGCGUGGUUAUGCUUUGACCAAGGAUACCAGAACUACUGAUUUUGACUGGAGUUGGCUCUUUGCACCUUUUCCAUACGGUGCAAGAUACAAAUGCUUUCUCCGCAUAUUUCUCUCUGCUCCGAUGGCUGAAGAAUUACGUGACUGGGUUGGAUGGGUGAAAUCACGUUUCCGCAACCUUAUUCUCAAGCUCGAGAGUCUUGGUGUUUACUGUGACCCAGAUCCAUUGGAGCAAGCUGAUCAUACCAUUAAUGAGCCAAAUGUUGUAUUCUUCUGGGGUCUCAUGUACAGAAGGAAUAUUCAAAUAUGUACAAGUUCUCUCAAAGAAGACUUCAUGAAAAGUGUCCUGAAUAACAUCUAUGGAAAGGAAAAAUGUGCCCAUUCGGAUAUCACAAUGUCCAUUGUUGGGCCUCCCCAGCUGCCUAAAAGUGUUUUUGAUCACUCAGUUUACUCAGAGAAGCUGCCACCACAUAUGAUGGGGCACCAACUAAUGAAGCAGAGCUACAAUGCAGUCAGUUAGGGCUCCAAUAUCAUAUUGUCCGCGAGCUUCGUUUGUGAAUAUGAGAACAGUGAGAAGCCGAUGUUGAGAUCGUUUCCAACAUCAGAACUUCAGAAUUUUUGGCUGUCCUUUUAUAUGUAGGGGCUUGUUCAUGCCUUUGGCACAAGGAAUAUGGAAGUAUUCUAUCGUGGAGCUGGAUGUCGAGAGCUGGAUCGUUCUUCAAGCAUCCAGCACAAAAUAGGGCCAUUCAAGCGACUUAUUCCUGUUGUGAGGCAUGUGCAGGUACAUGUAUAUUCAUGUACACAGCAUAGAAAUUGGUAUACAAGUGACAGGGAGGUACCAUAUAGCCGUAUGUACACUGUAGGUGUAAUGUUUGUACCCAGCAGCAAAAAAUGUGUAAAUUGCUUCCUGUUGUUAGAGAUGCUGCUGGGCAGUGGGCAAAGAUGUGGACGUUGAUAUGAAAUGGAUUGUGAAUGGAAGUUAUCCAUUCUAGGUCAAUAUGAAAGUGUUUUGGAUCGACCGAUCCACUUUAGCUGUUGUAGGCUGCAAAAGAACUUUUGUCUGUCCUACCAACCAAGAAUUUGUUGUAGUGAUCAUAGACUUUUGAGGAAGCAAAAUUAUGUACUCAAGCGUUAAGUCUGGCCUAAGCUUGUUGUAAUUGCAGCCAAUGCUGUUUCCGUU